CCGGUGUGCUAUCGGGCAUGACAAAGCUUUUUGCGGUCAUCCCAUGGACACUGUGAAGGUUCGUCUUCAAGUUAAUCCUGAGCGCUUCAACGGAUUGUUUCGUUGCAUCAAAGAAACAUGGGUUAAGGAGGGAAUCAAAGGUUAUUACAAGGGUGCCACUCCCCCAUUAGUUGGAUGGACAAUGAUGGAUGCGGUCAUGCUCGGCUCCCUGACGCAGUAUCGCCGGUUGUUGAGAAAGACGACGCCGAAUGGUGUCCUGCAUUUGAGAGAACAUGCUCUUGCGGGUCUUGGAGCCGGAUUUACAGUUUCUUUGGUUGCUGCUCCUGUAGAACUGCUUAAGGCGCGCUUGCAAGUCCAAUACUCCGCUGCCCAAAGAUUGUAUACAGGCCCUUUGGACUGUAUACGUAAAACAGUCGGUCAGCACGGUGUUACAGGGCUGUGGCAUGCGCUUCCUGCAACGUUGAUUCAACGAUCUUUCUUCUCUGUGUACUGGGGUACAUAUUAUUUGACAACUGUAGCUCUUCGCAAGCUCUCAAACAACAAGUUGAGUGACUCUAGUCUCUCAUUCUGGGGAGGUGGAGUGGCUUCCCAAGCAUACUGGAUUUGUUCGUUUCCCUUAGAUGUGGUAAAGCAACGUAUCAUGACUGACGUUAACUACAACUUCAAAUCCUGGUUCCAGGCGUUCCGCGACGUUUACCGCAAGCUAGGACUGCGUGGUUAUUACAAUGGUUUCGUUCCCUGUUUGUUGCGUGCCUUCCCAACAAACGCUUCUGCUGUCCUUGUUUUUGACACUACAAUGCGUGUAUUCGGCAAAAUUGCUGCCAGAAAGGCUGAAGAACAGCAGUAA